CCCGCCGCGGGGCUGCGGGGCGGGUUCCCCCCGCGCCCGCCUCCGCCCGCCCCCCGCGCGGGGCCCGCAGCGGGCAGCGCGGGGCGCCGCAGCCUGCGGGCGGCCGCCGUGCCCGCCGCCGCCGCCGCCCCGGAGGUGGGGGCGCCGCGCGGGGCGCGGGGUGCCAUGGAGGCGCCGCCGCCGCCCGCCUGAUCCCCGAGGCUGCCGGCACCGAGACAAAGCGCGGGGCUGCCCGCCGCGCCCGCCCGGCCGAGCCAUGGUGGAGCCGCCGGCUGAGCCUCCCCCGCAGCCCUGCCCGGCGCCCGGGGGGGCAGCGGCGGCGGCGGCGGGGGGAGAGCCGGCCCGGCCCGGGGAGCAGUCGCCGCUGCUGCACCUGGACCUGUACAACUUCGACUGCGCGGCGGCGGAGGGCAGCCGGUACGUGCUGACCAGCCCGCGCUCGCUGGAGGCCUGCGCCCGCUGCGCCGUGCGGCCGGUGGAGCUGCUGCCGCGGGCGCUGGGGGAACUGCUGCGGGAGGCCCCCGGGCGCUCCAUGCGGGUGGCCGCCGGCCUCUACGAGGCCUACGAGCGGGAGCGCCGCCGCAAGCUGCAGCAGUGCCGGGAGGAGCGGGAGCGGAUUAUCCGGGAGGAGAAGAGGCGGAUCCUCGCGCCCCCUCGGCAGCCUGCCGCCCUCGCCGCCGCCCGCGCCGCCCCCCGGGCCGCCGCCACCGCUGCCGCCGCGCCCCGGCCCCAUGGCGGGGGGAAGGCCGGGGCGUCGGGGGGCGCCAAGGCCAAGAGCCACUCCCUGGACUCGCUGCAGAAGCGCCGUGAGGGCAGCUGGGGCAAGACCUCCUCCGAGUCGGGGGCCUCGUCCUCCUACAGCGGGGAGAGCCUGCGGGAGCGCGGGGGCAAGGGGGGCGGCCGGGGCCGGGGGGCAGCAGCCGCCGCCGCCGGCAGCGGCUCCCUGCUGGGGCGCAGCUUUAGCCUGGGCGACCUCAGCCACUCGCCGCAGACGGCGCAGAGGGUGGAGAGGAUCGUCAGGGAGGUGAGGAGGAGGAAGGGCCUCUCCGAGGUGCCCGAGAGGGACAAGAAGAUCGCGGCGCUGAUGAUCGCCAAGCACCAGGAGGCCAGCCUGCUGCGGGAGCAGCAGCAGGCCGCCCACCUGCAGUGGGACAGCCAGCGGCGCCUGGCGGAGCGGCGGAAGGAGCAGGAGGAGAAGGAGAAGCAGAGGGCCCUCCUGCAGGGCCAGCGCAUGUGGGAGAGCCAGGUGGAGAAGCGUCGCGGGAGGCUGAGCCAGGAGCAGGAGGAAGCCGCCCUGCUGAAGCAGAGGCAGCGGCUGGUGUGCGAGGAGAGGUGGCGGGAGCAAGCGGAGAAGCAGGAGCGGCUGCGCAGGGAGAGGCUGGAGAGGGCCGUCCAGGAGGACAAGCAGAAGAAGCUCCAUCAGGAGCACAACCUGAAGGCGAAGGAGGAGGGCAAGAAGGAGCACCGGGAGCGAGAGGAGCAGCUCCUGCAAGAGAAGCUGUCCACCGCCGCACAGAAGAGGCUGAAGAAGGAGGUGCAGCUGCAGAAGGAGAAGAAACUGCUCAACCAAGCAGAGAAGCUGAAGCACGAGGCCUUGCUCAAGGAACUGGCCAAGCAAGAGGCUGAAGAAAAGGAGAUGCUGAAGGCCUCCCUGGAGAUGAGUUUGACGAAGGCUCAGGAGAACUACGAGCAGCUAGUGGAGAAGAGGAACCAGGAGCUGAGGGAGAAGGCCAGGCGGGAGGACAUGCAGAUCCAGAGAGCCAAACUGGCAGCAGAGAAGAAGGAAAGAGAGCAGAAGGAGCACUUGGAGGCCCUGGCCAGGGAGACAGAGAGAAAGCUCCAGCAUGCUGCCCAGGUGGCCGAAGAGGUCGUCCAAGAAAAAGCCCGCAAGGUGGUCUUGAGCCGUCUGGAGAAGGAGAAAGUGCAGAAGAUGAACAAGCAAAAGGUAGAACAGUAUGAGGACUUACGGCGCAGGGAGAUCCUCCUCUCUAUAGAGAGGAAGCUGGAGAGGAGCGAGCAGAUCUUCAAGGAGAAGAAGACUGUCUUGGAAAAUGCCAGGUCUGUUGCUCGGGCAUCCUUCCAUGUCCGGGAAAAGGUACGGGAGGAGACGAACAUGCGCACCUUUGACAAGAUGGCCUUGGAAGCAGAACUGCAUGCCCACCUGAAUAAAAAAUGAAAGACCUUGUCAUGGAUGAGUGGAGAUAGAUCACUAGUUGUCCAUUGUGAUGCAUCAGAAAGCUCCUCCACAUUAACAUUUAAAAAGCAACAACAACCGACAACCGCCCUAAUUUCUUAUUUUGGGGGAGCAGGGUACCGCACAAAAACAUGGCAGCUAUUUCACAUACUGUUUAAAAUAUGUUUUUGUUCUGGGUGUGUUUUAAGGACUGACCUCAGUCAUCUUUACGGAGGGGAAGCGAGUUUUUGUGUCCUCUACCCCACAAGCACACGCAUCUUCUCAGAGAGGGCUGCAAAAGAAGUCUGCUUGAAGCCUGUGAGUUACCGAUUGAUUGUCUACACCGGAGCUGAUUACAACUGCACUCUUUUCAGUUGGAAAUGCAGACAACACAGACUACUCACUGCUAGAGCCUACUGACUAAGAACCAAAACCGCCCCAGCUGAUUCUGGCUUGAGUGACAGGCAGCUUGGUUUAAGUUACAGGACUGCAUUUUCAAAGCCACUGCACUCCCAUGCCGAAGGUGAGGAGGGCUGGAGCAGAGAAUGCCAUAUGCCCCUCGGUGCCCCUCACGCGCUGCUGGUGCCGAGCUAGAGAAAGCACAGAUCAAGACUUCGUAACACCAUGUAAGUAGACCUUACGAUCAGAGCUGGGCAGAAGCUGUUAGAAGUGCUCACAAAUACAAUUUCACUUUUGCCAUUUGCAACUGUUGCCCUUCCUGGUUUUAUCCUCACCCCUCCUUCUCCUUUCCAAGUUUCUCUUGCAAACAUUUGUACAAUUUAUUAUUUUCUUUCGGAGGGGGAGAGAGGAGAGAAGUUUGUGGGCGAUCUACAAACUGACAGGCACCCACGCAACCCACUUGUUCAUUAAGAUACGUGAAUGAUCCUGUGGAAACUGGCCUUUGUGGCAAACACGCGGAUCCAUUUGUAAAUGGAAAUCUGCAAACAGAUUGCAUGGAGAAAUUGCCACCCUUGGGAGUUCUCAAAACUUGAGGACACCCUUGGCAACCUUAUCCAAUUUGUCCUGCCUUGAGCAGGAGGUUGGACCAGGUGUGUUCCAUAGGUCCUCUCCAACCUAAUGGUUCUGUGAGCUGCUUGCAAUGAGACAUUCACCCAGCUCUUAUCAUCGUCUACUGAGCAGGGCAGCAUUUGCCUGUCCACUGGUGCUAACAGUUGUAUUCUUAUAGAGGGCAUAAAAAAGAGUAGAUGCACAAAAUAAGGUACAUGACAGAUUCUCUUAGAUGAGGAUCACGGCUUUUUUAUAACUAACUCGGUACCAUUUAGAGGUAACUGAGUCCUUCUGCCGUUAAUGCACUGGAAAUGUGAAAAGCCUACCUAUGCCCCAUGCACAGCAUUCAAGUAAGACAGUGUUCUGCUCCAGGUUUCCAUGUUUACUCUCUGCUGGGUUGCAGUUAUGAGCAUGCACCCAAACCAGGCACUUUCUGCUGGUUUUUUUCUGGCUCCAGGCAGCGCCAGCUCUCUAUUCCACCAUCCAUGACGCCUAGAUGGCAUCAGACCUGGAACGUGGGGGAGAAGCAGCAAGAACAGCCAGGAUCUUGCUUGCUUGCGGAUGUCUCUGACAAAAAACACAGCAGAAGAGAAAACCAGAAGAAGGUUGACAUAUGGCACAGGCAUGCAGUCCUGCACACAUAGAUUACUUACCAGAGUUUCCUCGGAGGUGACAGCAGGUAAAAAACCUCUCUAAGGAAGGUGUUAAGUGAACAGCAACAACAACGGUAGACCAAGCACAACCUGGUACCCUGCAAGGCUGGAGACAUUGUACAAACAGUGCUGAAAAUUAAGCGAGUAGGGAUUUUCUUUGAUUUUGAUGGAACUUGCUCUUCUUUGAAUCACGGUACAAUUGGUGCCGUUGAGGGCAGGCAGCAUGAAAGUAGGGCACCUGAGCGAUGUUUGCUCUGUCAAUCAUUGGCUCGCUGUGUAACGCCAGGCAAGUCCUCAAGGGCUGGGCUUGCUCCUAUUGAUAUAAACGGAAGCAGAGUCAGGCUCUUGGGAUUGCUGGGACUUGCCGGAAAUAGUAACGCUUGGCAGAACGCUUCAAAGACUUCGGACAAAUGAUGCUAACAAAGCACAAAGUACUAUUUAUUUAUUUAUUUAUUUAUUUAUUUGAGUAGUUAUUAAAGUAAAACAUAUCCAUUGGUGAAAAGCACUAAUUAACACGAAAAUCUAAAAAUAUCGGUAGCUGUGGGAAGGACAGCUGUGUUACUGUUUCCAGCUAUGUUACUGUUUCCAGCUAGGAGUCUGUCCCCUCACCCUCGUCCUCAAAACAGCAAUCCGUUUAAACAGUGGAACCAAUCCUGCUGUAACACCGGACAAGGUCCUUGAUAAAAAACGAUCGUCUUCACAUUUUGUUUGUACCGCAGUGGUCCAUGUGUGCUGUCGUAGCUGCAAAGACCUAGAAAAGAGAUGCCCAGUGGCCCAAAUCCAGCCUGCACAAAACUUCCUUGCUCCCUGGCAGCACUAGAGUUGGGAUAAAACCUGCAGUGAGUCCAGCAUAGCCAACAUUUCACCUUGUUUGUAGCCUUUGGGGCUGCAGAGAAAGCCUGCCAGCACAGAUGUGAGGGCUCUUGCUCCCCACGUCAUCGCACUGUGGUUGAAGUUCACUGCUCAGUCCAUUUAGCAGAGGGCAAAUGGGGAGAGCUGGGAAACAGCGAAAAGAAGGCAAAAUGUGGUGGACGAAUGAGUAGACACAGUCUCUAACUGGAACAGCAGUUUUUCCCUAAAGGUCUACUGCAAUCUACCUGAAGGCUUUGUCCAAACCUCCCUCUGACGGGGCUUUUCCAGUGUGGACUGAGAACAUUUUACAGCCCAGGAGACGUGUCUUGGCCACCGACUGUAAUUACACCUGGGGUCCAUCUCCUGCUGCUGACUGAGUUUGACACCUUGGGGCUACAGCCGAACUAAUUAAAACACACCUAUGUGGUGGUAAUUGGAUUGGCAAACUACUGUUCCUAUACCAUGCAGUGUGCAGCUGAAGUUUUGAAUGUGCAAUCUAAGAAAAAAAUAUUUUUUUUUCAAAAGACAUUAAUCUGUGUAUGGAUAUUUUUUAUUUCUGUAGUGGUGCCAGUCCAAAGUCUGUGAAAGUCAAUGGAGUUUAUAAGUUGUUUAAAACUGUGGCGUGGAAAGUUAAGUCAGCAAGUUGGGUGGAGGUGUGAGAGGUAUUUCUUGGGUCUGCUUAUGCUUCUGUUUAUUUGAGAAGGAGUUUUACUGGUGGAUUUCUGUGGGAACAGAAAUUAAACCCUGGGACACAUGUAAAAAGU